AUGACAUCAACCCCAAGAAAGUCCCGCGUGUGUCCAGGAAAAGGAAAACGAGUUUUGACGCCUGAGAUUCUGGACUGUGACAGUGAAGAGAAGUUUGUAAAAUCUCUGCACGACUUUAUUGAACACGAGAAGCGAUACCUGAAGUGUCCACAGGAGGGCCCCAGUGAGCUGCGCUACGUGCUCUACCGCUCCGUCUUCAACAAGCUGAUCGCGCGUUCCUCUUCCUAUAAGAGCGUCCUGCUGAGUAUAAAGACGGAGUAUGACAGUGUGAUCAGAGCCAUCACUCAGAGGCUGGAGGAGACCAGGAUUUCCCAGGAUUCAGUGAAGGCCUCACGUCUUCAGCUUCGCUCCAUAGAGGCCUGUGAGAGCCGAGUGGUCAGCCUCAGGGACAGAAUCUCUGUUUUACAAAAAGAAAACAUCCAACUUCAGCAGGAGAUCGACAGACAAAACUCGCUGAGAGAACAGACCAUGUGGAUACCAGGGCUGACGUUGGCUGACUCAGAAAAUCUGGAGCUCCUGGAGAAACAUCUGUCGCAUCUGCAGACCAGGAGAGAGGCUCUGCAAGAGAGGAGGAGCCAGUGUGUGAGCAUGGAGGUCAGAACCACGCUGAGCAAAGAGGAGGAGGCCACACAGAGAUGGAGAAACAGCAUGAAGGAGGAAAACAUGCAGCUCAAACUACUAUACAAGCGUCUCAGGUGUGUGUACGACCACCUGUGCAACUGGAGGGAGGGGGGACAGCGCCCUCCUCUGGAAGAGGAGGUACAGUUAGUGAGAAAAGAAGUCACACACACCACAGUGACGGAGGAUGACUUCUUGACCAUAGACACAGAGCUGCUGGAGAGUGAGGAGCCUACAGGAGUGGACGAGUCCGAGUACCUCACAGAGUAUCUGAACAGGUUUGUUGACCUGUUUGAUUCGGCCCAAUACAAAGAGGCAGCUCUACAGGCAGCUCACAGUCCCAGAGGACUCUUGAGGAACCUUCACACAGUCCACAUGUUCAAAGCUGUGACAGCCCCUCCACACUCACCCCCUCCCCUCCUGCUCCUCUUCCACUCUCUCAUCACCACUGUUCCAGUGGGUCAGAGACUUCCAGAGUCUGUCUCCUAUGAGGGUGUCUGCUGUGCUCUGGAGCAAGGCCACUGGCAGCUUCUAACCCAUGCACACAAUUUUGACAAACUGACCUGCUCUGAGAGGCUGGGGGACAUACUGACUGAGCAUGCUCAGAAGAAUGCUUCUGUUUAUCUCUCAGACAUGUUACUGGCAAUGGCCUCUCAACACUACAAAGCCUGUGGGGCCCACAGAAAACUGUCUCUGAGCAUGUGCAGAAGAGGACUGACCCACAGCGCUGUGGAGCUGAUGAGACGCUGUGAGGACCUCACACCAGAGGACUACCUGUGUGUGUUCAGACAGCAGCCCAGCCUGAGUCUGCUGCAGCUGCUGACCAGGCCUGCGGGGGGCGGGGGCAAGCUUUCAGUGGGUGUGGCCUGUGCUGCUCUGCUCUCUGACCCUCAGCUUCAGGAGUUUGCUCUGCAGCUCUUGGACAGUUUAAACAGGAGAGGACCAGGUGUGCUGGAGGAGGCCAUACUGCAGGACAGUGGUGGUACAGUGGAGCAGUGGAGUGACAUCUCAGAUGUUUGCUCCUUACUCCAGCGCUCGGACCUGUCUCACGCCAUCAGAUCUGUGCUGCUGAGCCAGAGUGGGACUGAAGUCCUCUCCUCAGACCCAGAGGGAGCCCUGCUCACACAACACCUGUACAUGUGA